AUAAGCCCUUCAUAUUCGGUCAAAUUUUGAAAAUUUUCCAUUUUUUUUUUUUUUAAACAGAGCAGGGGGAGCAGAGACUCAAAACAAAAAGUACAUCAAAAUGGAGGGCAGUCGAAAGUCCGGUAAGAAGAACAUCACGGAAAAGCAGGAAGCGAAAAUGCUGGCCGAGGAAGGUGGAAAAUCGGCUAGCGAUAGCGAUUUGAGCGAUACCGAUUUUACAUUGGUUAAAUUUAUAGACGAUCCGAAUAUCCUGCGAAUUGCUGUCAUGGCUUCUCCUGAGGUAACAUUGGGUUUUCUGCUCGCUGGCGUUGGCUAUCAGAAGGAUCGAUUUCGCAACUAUAUGAUGGUGGAAAGCGAAACGCAACAGGAGGAUGUGGAGCAGUUCUUUCUCACGGUUUACAGGAGAUCCAAUAUCGGCAUUGUCAUCCUCGAUUACGAUACGGUGAAAAGGCUGCGCAAUGUGAUGCAACGAUGUAAUCAACUGCUGCCAGUCCUGGUCACAGUGCCCAACAAAUCCUCACUGACCACCUAUCUGGACAAAAAGGAACGCAAUCGUCGACUUCGCCAGCGGGAUGCCUAUUAGGAUUUCGAUUUCGAUUUCGAUUUGGAGGUGUUUUUUCCUUUUCACCGCCCCCUGUUUCUGUGACAAAUUCGAAGCGAUAGGUUUAAAAACUUUCCAUUUAUACAUUUGCAUUGUUAUAGUGCUUAAAUACCAAACGAAUUUCACAUGAUCCAUUUAAAA